AUGGGUUUUGCAACAUCACCAGAAGAAGAAGAUCAGUUCCGGCCAAUCACGCCAAUAAGAGUCGUGGUUCCAAAACUACGACCUUUAAACAACGCAAAGGAGGAUGAGGACGAGGACGAGGAGCUUUUGCUUUUGGAAGGUGACGUCCAAGAACAUGAAGAGUGCCACACACCCAAGUCACCUGCAGCUCACGUGACCUUGAAGCAACCGCCGGUGUGUCCGCCAGCACCGAAGAAACCAACCCAAGCUAGAAGAAAACUGAGGCCACGGCCUUCACAAGGGUUUUUUAAGGUUCCAGACGAUCUUACUUCGGUGUUUAUGGCAAUCUCUAGCUCUUCUAAUCCUGCCAAGAAGAAGAGGAGAGCCAGUUAA